AGCACCGUCCAUGAUCUGACCGCCCACCGGGCCACUCCGGAGGACCUGCUGCGUCGCCAUGAAAUACACAAAUCAAAAAACAAAGCACUGGCACAUCUGGAACUGCGAGAGAAAGCACUGAAAAAGAAAUGGAAGAAGCAAAAACAACUGGCCGCUGAUUCCUUGGAGAAAAGAAAAUUGACUCUGAUGCGUGAGAUUCUGUCUGAUCAAUACCAUUUGCAAGAUGCAUUGGAACGAUCUGAUCAGGUUAUGGCUGCGGCAAAAGACUUGCUUGGGGAUGCUCCUCGCACGAGGACAGGUAGGCCAUCUCAUUUAUACUCUCUUAAUGAAGUGGGAGAGGAAGCAUUAUCAAUCUGUCAUUCAGAAGAUGGACACCAUGACUCUCUGAAUUUCAAAUCCAGCAUCAAUUCUGACAGGCUACUUGGGUUGUUGAGAGAAGAAAAUUCCUUGGUGAAUUCUCAGCUGUGGACUGAAAAGGAUGCGAGAAAAACUACCUUAUCACAGGAAUCAAAUGUGCCUUUGACUCCGACGACUCUUUCUCCAUCAUUGGAUCAGUCAGCCCUCAAUGCUACCAGUUUAGUCAAGAGAAUUCAUUCAAGACUUCAGAACGAAGACAAAGAAGAGACUGUGGACUCCCCUUACACUGUGCAGCAAGUGUUGAACCCGAAGUCAAGGAAACAAAAGCAAAUUGCAACAAAAAUGAAAAGAAAACAAACUGCACAGAACUCUGCAAGAGAGAGGAGAGAAGAUUCUCCAGCUAAUUCAAUCCCCAUUGACCUUCGGAGGGACAACAAAUCCAGCCUAGAUGUUCUCAACCGCAUGAUACAUGACGUGGAGCAUGAAUUAGAGGAAUAUGAGCGAUGUACAGGUCGUGAGGUUCAAAAAGCCGAGAGAAGCGAAGGCCUCACCGGGUUUACCUUGUCACUGGUGAAAGCUCUCUGCCGUUUGAUGCGCUACCUCAGACAGAGUGAAAUGCAGCUGCGUGAGAAAGAGGUAAUGAGGCAGCAGCAUGAAGAGAUGUUGAAUGAACACAGAGAAUUGAUUGACGCUCUGACUGCAGAAAUACUUCUAGUGAGGGAAGAAAACAAUACUAUGCAGAAGACGCUUCAGCAAUACAUGAUGGUGACAGACGAGCAGCUGAUCUCUCUCACACAAGCAUUUAAAGGCCUUCCUUUGGUAGAACCUAGAAGAGAGCAAAGUCCAAACCAUUUUGGAAUUGCAAGCAAGGGUCCAGCGAACGGCCAAGAAAAACCUGAUUUGAGCUGUUUUGAGCCCAGGACUGAUGCAGGCAACGGGGAAAAUAUGCUGAAAUUCCCACAGGAGGAACUUCCUUUCAAGUUUCCCUCAAAGCAAAGUGCCUCUGGUGGCACAGGAGCCGAUAGGAGCUUGCCAGCUCACAUCUUCCAGCCCGCUGUGCUGUUGUCACCGCCCCGGCAGAAGAGCAGUCAGGAGUUGUCUCCACUCCAGAACGUGUUCACAGCCAUUUCUCAGUCUCCUGAAAACACUGAAAGAGAAUCAUGCAAGGAAAGGAACUCACCUUCCUCCCUGAGAACACAGAGCACAACUGAGGCAAACCCUCCCAUCUCUCAAAGGCAACCAAUUCCUCCUGCAGAUAAAGGCUGGGAGAGUUCCCACGAGAAAAUCAGUCUGUCCUGCCCAGGUGACACUAGAAAAAACAGCACAGUUGAAGAGUUAUUUCAAAACAGUGAUCUGCUGGGACAGAUAGCUGAGCUCACACGGCAGAACUCUCUAAUUAAAGCUCAACUGAGCAAAUUCAGAGGCUUCUCUGAAGACACAAGUGGCUGCCUACAUCAGCCAGACUCAAUACAAACUGCAAAUCCUAGUCCAGACUCUUCACAAGGACAGACUCAUCUCGUGAUAUCGAAGAGCUUGGAGGAAAGAAUAGCAGAGCUGAAUCGCCAGAGUACAGAAGCACGUGAUAAACUAUUGCAGCUAAUAGACCAGCAGAAAUCAGCUGCUGCCAAUUCGGUCCCUCCAGUGAUGUCUCCUGUUCUGCCCCCAUCCCUAAGUUCUGCUGAAAAUGCAAGGAGGACAAUUGAAGUGUCUGUUCCCAUGGCAGUUGCUAUGGACAGCUCCAAAGAAGACAGCGUUUCCCUCACCAGUAUGACCAGUAUAAGAAGGUCUGUAGGCGACUCUGGCAAACCGUGUUCACCCCUAAGUGCCACGUCAGAAAGCGUGAAAUUAACUCCUGUCGGCCAAAGACCAAAGAUGGAAAAGCAAAGAGAAGAAGGCUGGUUUGCGUUGUCAAUGCACAUUAUGUAA